GCGCCGCGGUCACGCGAUUAUCUGAAUCGCCCUCCAGGUCUAUCCUCUUUGAUAUCUCCCCUGAAUUCACUAAUCCACGUCUGUCUUGUUGUUAGCACAAUCUCGUUUUGGCAAAGUGUUAUUCAAAGAACGGAAAAAAUUAGACAAUAUCAGCAGGACAUUAUAUAAAUCGAAUGAGUUCAAGGGGGUGAUUUUUUACAUUUUACAAGGUCUACAUGGUUAUUGAAAACGGUGCAGGUAUCAUCAUCAUCACGAAAUUUCCUAUUAAUUUUAUGGGUGAAUUCUCAAGAAUCAAUCCAUCGUUGUGGCAUUGAAGAUAACAAUCACAUCGGCAAAUGAACAAAAACGACUAAUUUAUUGAAUGAUGGCAUCACUUGAGUUAUUACAGCUGAAUAAUCAGGAAAAUACAGAGAAAAAUUUAUGGAAAAAAACAGCAAAUCUGUAAUCCAAAAAAUUAUCUUCAUAAGAGUUGAUAAAACUUGGUUAUAUAAACAAAAUGAUUUGUUAAUUCAUCUAACAUGAUGGAAAGGGUUGUAUCAUCACCAUUGAAGAAAAUCUUAUGUGAUUUUCCCAGAAAUAUAAAAUUUUGUUUCGCUUAUGGUUCUGGUGUAAUGAAGCAAAAAACAGACCCGUCUCGAAAUAUGUUAGAUCUCAUCUUCGUUGUCCACAACUCCAAACAAUGGCAUGCGGAAAAUCUGGGGAGAAACCCACACCACUACGUUCAACCACUUCGUUUUCUCGGUUCCAAUGCAGUGAAAAAACUUCAAGAAACAUGGGCAGCGCAGAUUUACUACAACACAUUGAUAAAAUCGAGUGAAGGACGAUUAAUUAAAUAUGGAGUCAUAUCAGAAAUAUCACUUGUCGCGGAUCUUCUCGAUUGGAAUUUUCUGUACCUGGCCGGGAGGCUUCAUAAACCCGUAGAGAUUCUGGUUGAACCUGACGAGACAUCACAAUUACGAGCAGCAUUAGUUCAGAACCUCCACUCAGCAGUUCAUGCCGCUCUUCUUCUUCUCCCCGAGAAUUUUACUGAGAUUGACUUCUUCAGAAUUAUUGCAGGAUUAUCUUAUCAAGGUGAUUUUAGAAUGAUAUUUGGAGAAGAUAAAUCAAAAAUAGACAACAUAGUCGUGCCCCAGAUUCAAAAUUUCCGUGAGUUGUAUGCCCCAGUGUUGAAGCACUUUGACAAUUACAUUGAAAUACCUCAAGGUGUAGAUGCUUCAACUACAUGCAAUCAGGACACAAGUCCAACUGCUAGAAUCCAUCACUUAAAUCAGUUACCAAGAAUUCCGCAGAUGCAGUUGGUAAGAAUAUGGUCAAACGGUCCGAGGUCUAAGGACACUGAAGAUUGUCUUCGUGCCAUCGCACAUGAUCCAGAUUGCAGCUCAAUCCUCUUGCAAGUUCUACAGAAUAUCGUUUGGAGGUCGAGUGUAUCCCAAAGCAUUAAGGGCAUUUGCACUGCUGGGCUUGUAAAGUCUAUUAAGUACAGUGCCGCAAAAAUUAUGAAAAUGCUGAACUCGGGAUCACUUGAGAAAGCACAGUUGACUAUUCCCACCCAGGAUACUACAAAAGUUGGUCAGAUUGUACAUAGUGCUGUUAAUAAAGAAGAAGCACAUAUUAAGCCCGGGCGAAAAUGAAGUGGAAUACUAGUUCAAAUUUUAUUUUCACCUGUGAAAUUAUGUCGACAUUGUACUUUAUUCUAUGAUGAGAAUAAUAAAUAAUGUGCUUGCGAGUAUCUUCAA